CAGGGACCAAUCCAUCCAUAAGAACUCAACCGAUUCCACUGUCACUCACUCUGGUUCGGUCGGGGUGGAUAACGCACCACCCCGGAAAAGAAAUGGCGAUGAAGUGGCUUCGCUUCUCCUUCCUCGCUCUGGGUGUCUUGUCGCUGUGCUUCGCGGCGUCAGGGGACAGCAGCGGCGUGAAGAAGAUGAAAAUGCAGUUCGCCGCGGGGCCCUUGCUCAAGUUCCAGAUUUGCAUCUCCUGAGGGUACAAGCGGGUGUUUGAGGAGUACACGCAGGCCUUGUACCAGCGGUACCCGGACAUCCGCAUCGAGGGGGAGAACUACCUUCCCAUCCCCGCCUAUCGGCACAUUGCUUCCUUUUUGUCUGUCUUCAAACUACUGGUGAUCGGGAUGAUCAUUGUUGGCAAGGAUCCAUUUGCCCUUUUUGGCGUACAGGCCCCGGGGGUCUGGGAGUGGGGCCAGGGAAAUAAGAUUUACGCAUGCAUGAUGGUGUUCUUCCUCAGCAACAUGAUUGAAAACCAGUUGAUGUCUACAGGAGCUUUUGAAAUAACAUUGAACGAUGUGCCAGUAUGGUCCAAACUGGAGUCGGGCCGCCUGCCCUCCAUGCAGCAGCUGGUGCAAAUCCUGGACAAUGAGAUGAAGAUGAACGUUCACAUGAACACAAGGCCGCUCCACCACUCCUAACAGCCUCCCUCACCGUGUGGCCGCAGCCAAAAGCACCUCCACGUUUGAGGUGGGCCUCUCGAGGGACUGUGACGUGAUGUUUAUGAAGGUCUGCACUGAAGGCAGGACCACUGCUGGCGCAGACUGGAUGCUCCCACAUCGUCGUCAGCACGCCCCUUAGAGAUGGCCCGCCCCCGACGCCCGAGUGGGCUUGUUGGCGACACUGCCAGCCAACCAACCGGUCAUUUUCUUGUACGAUUCACUCUCAUCAUGUCAAAGCAGACAUAAAAAUUAGGAGAUUUUACAUGGUUGCGUAUACAGUAGUCUUUAAUAAAACGCCAUUUUUGCCACUGAGCCAAAUGUACAAGGUGUUUGGAAAGUCACUGUGCACUUAUUUUUAUUAACAAACAUGUUUUAAUAUAGAAAACAUGUACCUCCUAUAUUCUAUAUUGAAACAAGUCAAAAUUCAAAGUGGAUAUAUUCAAGCUUGUAAAUGGCUUUGUCAACUUAAAUACAUUAUCCAGACGGUAGCCGUUCCAGACAAGAGUGCUGUCUGCUAAUCCAGGGCUGAAGUCAGGGAUCCCUGCACUUCAGUGCUAAUUCCCCAUAUUGCCUACAUUGCAGGAAUAAGUGGACACAAACUGUGGAUCCACCUUGUCUUUAUAGUUUACGUGCAAUGUGCACACAGUUAUGAGACUGAAUAGAUUAUGUACCUCCCGUUGUCUAUAUUGAAACAUGUCUUAAUAAUGGGUAAAUGCAGUGACCUUCUGAACACCCUGUAGAAUUACUAAAAGGUUAUUGUCAAAGUAGCUAAGCCCUGUUAAAAAAACAAACAAAAAAACUUGUCAUGCUGUUGUCCAACUAACACUGAGAGACUACGUUUUUGCUAUGAUUUCUGAGUAAUUUUUAUAUUUGCAUAACUUGGAAUGAGUUGAUAUGAUGAAUUAAAAACCUAUUGUAACUAUGAA